AUGGCCGAGUCCUCCCUCAUGGGCUGCUGGCACGUGGAGAACCAGACCCCCGAGCCCCAAACCCUGUGUCAGAUGGCGCCAGGGCACAAGGAGAACCUGCAGUCCCCGCUGGGCCCUCGGCAGACGUCCCUCCAGAUGUGGCUGCCUCUGGCACUCCUCGUGUUUCCCUUCCUGGGAGAAAGGGUGAUCGGCUUUGUCCUGGAGGUCCACAUCAUUGGGGGCAUGGUGGCGUCCCCGUGGCAGUGGCCCUGGCAGGUCAGCCUGAGAGAGCAGGGACAGCAUGUCUGCGGAGGCAGCCUCGUCAGCCACCGGUGGGUGCUGACCGCCGCCCACUGCUUCUCCAGGAUAAAGGAGCAGGGAGAGCGGGCUGGGCAAAAGCAGCUCGACUGGCCAAGCCCCGAUCACCGGGGGCCCCGACUCCACCUGCACCCCAUACCCUGCAGAACCCGCACCCCCAGACCCCCCACCCCGCAGAACCCACACCCCACAGACCCCCAGCCAAGCUCCUGCUGCCCUUCCGUGCUCCUUCCAGAUGCUCCAUCUGCUGGUGCUGGCGCUGCCCCUCCUGGUGAGCCUGGCCCAUGCGGCCACUGGAAAGUCCAAGACCCCAUAGUCCUCAGGGUGCAGCUGCAGGAGCAGCACCUCUACUACCAGGACGAGCUAUUGCCCAUCAGCAGGGUCAUCCCCCACCCCAACUACUACAUAGCUAAGAACGGGGCAGACAUCGCCCUGCUGGAGCUUGGGGACCCCGUGAACAUCUCCAGCCACGUCCAUCCGGUCACCCUGCCCCCUGCCUCGGAGACCUUUCGCCCGGGGACUCGGUGCUGGGUGACAGGCUGGGGCAACUUGAACAGUGGAGAACCCCUGCCACCACCAUUUCCCCUGAGGCAGGUGAAGGUCCCCAUUGUAGAAAACAGCAUCUGUGACAUGAAAUACCACACUGGCCUGUACACAGGGGACAACAUCCCGAUCGUCCGGGACGACAUGCUGUGUGCCGGGAAUAGCAAGAGGGACUCCUGCCAGGGCGACUCCGGAGGGCCCCUGGUCUGCAAGGUGAAUGGCACCUGGCUGCAGGCGGGUGUAGUCAGCUGGGGCGACGGCUGUGCUCAGCCCAACCGGCCAGGCAUCUAUACCCGCAUCACCCACUACUUGCACUGGAUCCACCAGUACGUCCCCGAGGAGCCCUGAGCCUGGUCCCCAGGGUUGCCACCUGGGUCAGCAGAGAAGCCAGCCCCCUCCUGUCCCCACACCGCUGCUUCCUGCUGAGGCGGUGUCCUUCCCCACCUUCCCUGGCCCCCUGCCCUGAGCACCCCCUGCUGACGCCCCUGCCCCAAGCCCAGGGAGCGGGCAGUGGGCACUAAUGCUCA